AUGGACGUGGACGUGGACGUGGACGUGGACGUGGACAUGGACGUGGACGUGGACGUGGACGGACGUGGACGUGGACAUGGACGUGGACGUGGACGUGGACGUGGACGUGGACGUGACGUGGACGUGGACGUGGACGUGGACGUGGACGUGGACGUGGACGUGGACGUGGACGUGGACGUGGACGUGGACGUGGACGUGGACGUGGACGUGGACGUGGACACGUGGACGUGGACGUGGACGUGGACGUGGACGUGGACGUGGACGUGGACGUGGACGUGGACGUGGACGUGGACGUGGACGUGGACGUGGACUGGACGUGGACGUGGACGUGGACAUGGACGUGGACGUGGACGUGGACGUGGACUGGACGUGGACGUGGACGUGGACGUGGACGUGGACGUGGACGUGGACGUGGACGUGGACGUGGACGUGGACGUGGACGUGGACGUGGACGUGGACGUGGACGUGGACGUGGACGUGGACGUGGACGUGGACGUGGACGUGGACGUGGACGUGGAGGACGUGGACGACGUGGACGUGGACGUGGACGUGGACGUGGACGUGGACGUGGACGUGGACGUGGACGUGGACGUGGACGUGGACGUGGACGUGGACGUGGAGUGGACGUGGACGUGGACGUGGACGUGGACGUGGACGUGGACGUGGACGUGGACGUGGACGUGGACGUGGACGUGGACUGACGUGGACGUGGACGUGGACGUGGACGUGGACGUGGACGUGGACGUGGACGUGGACGUGGACGUGGACGUGGACGUGGACGUGGACGUGGACGUGGACGUGGACGUGGACGUGGACGUGGACGUGGACGUGGACGUGGACGUGGACGUGGACGUGGACGUGGACGUGGACGUGGACGUGGACGUGGACGUGGACGUGGACGUGGACGUGGACGUGGACGUGGACGUGGACGUGGACGUGGACGUGGACGUGGACGUGGACGUGGACGUGGACGUGGACGUGGACGUGGACGUGGACGUGGACGUGGACGUGGACGUGGACGGACGUGGACGUGGACGACUUGACGUGGACGUGGACGUGACGUGGACGUGGACGUGGACGUGGACGUGGACGUGGACGUGGACGUGGGACGUGGACGUGGACGUGGACGUGGACGUGGACGUGGACGUGGACGUGGACAUGGACGUGGGACGUGGACGUGGACGUGGACGUGGACAUGGACGUGGACGUGGACGGACGUGGACGUGGACGUGGAGGACGUGGACGUGGACGUGGACGUGGACGUGGACGUGGACGUGGACGUGGACGUGGACGUGGACGUGGACGUGGACGGGACGUGGACGUGGACGUGGACGUGGACGUGGACGUGGACGUGGACGUGGACGUGGACGUGGACAUGGACGUGGACGUGGACGUGGACGUGGACGUGGACGUGGACGUGGACGUGGACGUGGACGUGGACGUGGACGUGGACGUGGACGGGACGUGGACGUGGACGUGGACGUGGACGUGGACGUGGACGUGGACGUGGACGUGGACGUGGACGUGGACGUGGACGUGGACGUGGACGUGGACGUGGACGUGGACGUGGACGUGGACGUGGACGUGGACGUGGACGUGGACGUGGACGUGGACGUGGACGUGGACGUGGACGUGGACGUGGACGUGGACGUGGACGUGGACGUGGACGUGGACGUGGACGUGGACGUGGACGUGGACGUGGACGUGGACGUGGACGUGGACGUGGACGUGGACGUGGACGUGGACGUGGACGUGGACGUGGACGUGGACGUGGACGUGGACGUGGACGUGGACGUGGACGUGGACGUGGACGUGGACGUGGACGUGGACGUGGACAUGGACGUGGACGUGGACGUGGACGUGGACGUGGACGUGGACGUGGACGUGGACGUGGACGUGGACGUGGACGUGGACGUGGACGUGGACGUGGACGUGGACGUGGACGUGGACGUGGACGUGGACGUGGACGUGGACAUGGACGUGGACGUGGACGUGGACGUGGACGUGGACGUGGACGUGGACGUGGACGUGGACGUGGACGUGGACGUGGACGUGGACGUGGACGUGGACGUGGACGUGGACGUGGACAUGGACGUGGACGUGGACGUGGACGUGGACGUGGACGUGGACGUGGACGUGGACGUGGACGUGGACGUGGACGUGGACGUGGACGUGGACGUGGACGUGGACGUGGACGUGGACGUGGACGUGGACGUGGACGUGGACGUGGACGUGGACGUGGACGUGGACGUGGACGUGGACGUGGACGUGGACGUGGACGUGGACGUGGACGUGGACGUGGACGUGGACGUGGACGUGGACGUGGACGUGGACGUGGACGUGGACGUGGACGUGGACGUGGACGUGGACGUGGACGUGGACGUGGACGUGGACGUGGACGUGGACGUGGACGUGGACGUGGACGUGGACGUGGACGUGGACGUGGACGUGGACGUGGACGUGGACGUGGACGUGGACGUGGACGUGGACGUGGACGUGGACGUGGACGUGGACGUGGACGUGGACGUGGACGUGGACGUGGACGUGGACGUGGACGUGGACGUGGACGUGGACGUGGACGUGGACGUGGACGUGGACGUGGACGUGGACGUGGACGUGGACGUGGACGUGGACGUGGACGUGGACGUGGACAUGGACGUACGUGGACGUGGACGUGGACGUGGACGUGGACAUGGACGUGGACGUGACGUGGACGUGGACGUGGACGUGGACGUGGACGUGGACGUGGACGUGGACGUGGACGUGGACGUGGACGUGGACGUGGACGUGGACGUGGACGUGGACGUGGACGUGGACGUGGACGUGGACGUGGACGUGGACGUGGACGUGGACGUGGACGUGGACGUGGACGUGGACGUGGACGUGGACGUGGACAUGGACGUGGACGUGGACGUGGACGUGGACGUGGACGUGGACGUGGACGUGACGUGGACAUGGACGUGGACGUGGACGUGGACGUGGACGUGGACGUGGACGUGGACGUGGACGUGGACGUGGACGUGGACGUGGACGUGGACGUGGACGUGGACGUGGACGUGGACGUGGACGUGGACGUGGACGUGGACGUGGACGUGGACGUGGACGUGGACGUGGACGUGGACGUGGACGUGGACGUGGACGUGGACGUGGACGUGGACGUGGACGUGGACGUGGACGUGGACGUGGACGUGGACGUGGACGUGGACGUGGACGUGGACGUGGACGUGGACGUGGACGUGGACGUGGACGUGGACGUGGACGUGGACGUGGACGUGGACGUGGACGUGGACGUGGACGUGGACGUGGACGUGGACGUGGACGUGGACGUGGACGUGGACGUGGACGUGGACGUGGACGUGGACGUGGACAUGGACGUGGACGUGGACGUGGUGGACGUGGACGUGGACAUGGACGUGGACGUGGACGUGGACGUGGACGUGGACGUGGACGUGGACGUGGACGUGGACAUGGACGUGGACGUGGACGUGGACGUGGACGUGGACGUGGACGUGGACGUGGACGUGGACGUGGACGUGGACGUGGACGUGGACGGGACGUGGACGUGGUGGUGGUGGUGGUGGACGUGGUGGGACGUGGACGUGCGUGGACGUGGACGUGGACGUGGACGUGGACGUGGACGUGGACGUGGACGUGGACGUGGACGUGGACGUGGACGUGGACGUGGACGUGGACGUGGACGUGGACGUGGACGUGGACGUGGACGUGGACGUGGACGUGGACGUGGACGUGGACGUGGACGUGGACGUGGACAUGGACGUGGACGUGGACGUGACGUGGACGUGGACGUGGACGUGGACGUGGACGGGACGUGGACGUGGACGUGGACGUGGACUGGACGUGGACGUGGACGUGGACGUGGACGUGGACGUGGACGGACGUGGACGUGGACGUGGACGUGGACGUGGACGUGGACGUGGACGUGGACGUGGACGUGGACGUGGACGUGGACGUGGACGUGGACGUGGACGUGGACGUGGACGUGGACGUGGACGUGGACGUGGACGUGGACGUGGACGUGGACGUGGACGUGGACGUGGACGUGGAUGGACGUGGACGUGGACACGUGGACGUGGACGUGGACGUGGACGUGGACGUGGACGUGGACGUGGACGUGGACGUGGACGUGGACGUGGACGUGGACGUGGACGUGACGACGUGGACAUGGACGUGGACGUGGACGUGGACGUGGACGUGGACGUGGACGUGGACGUGGACGUGGACGUGGACGUGGACGUGGACGUGGACGUGGACGUGGACAUGGACGUGGACGUGGACUUGACGUGGACGUGGACGUGGACGUGGACGUGGACGUGGACGUGGACGUGGACGUGGACGUGGACAUGGACGUGGACGUGGACGUGGACGUGGACGUGGACGUGGACGUGUGGACGUGGACGUGGACGUGGACGUGGACGUGGACGUGGACGUGGACGUGGACGUGGACGUGGACGGGACGUGGACGUGGACGUGGACGUGGACGUGGACGUGGACGUGGACGUGGACGUGGACGUGGACGUGGACGUGGACGUGGACGUGGACGUGGACGUGGACGUGGACGUGGACGUGGACGUGGACGUGGACGUGGACGUGGACGUGGACGUGGACGUGGACGUGGACGUGGACGUGGACAUGGACGUGGACGUGGACGUGGACGUGGACGUGGACGUGGACGUGGACGUGGACGUGGACGUGGACGACGUGGACGUGGACGUGGACGUGGACGUGGACGUGGACGUGGACGUGGACGUGGACGUGGACGUGGACGUGGACGUGGACGUGGACGUGGACGUGGACGUGGACGUGGACGUGGACGUGGACGUGGACGUGGACGUGGACGUGGACGUGGACGUGGACGUGGACGUGGACGUGGACGUGGACGUGGACGUGGACGUGGACGUGGACGUGGACGUGGACAUGGACGUGGACGUGGACGUGGACGUGGACGUGGACGUGGACGUGGACGUGGACGUGGACGUGGACGUGGACGUGGACGUGGACGUGGACUGGACGUGGACGUGGACGUGGACGUGGACGUGGACGUGGACGUGGACGUGGACGUGGACGUGGACGUGGACGUGGACGUGGACGUGGACGUGGACGUGGACGUGGACGUGGACGUGGACGUGGACGUGGACGUGGACGUGGACGUGGACGUGGACGUGGACGUGGACGUGGACGUGGACGUGGACGUGGACGUGGACGUGGACAUGGACGUGGACGUGGACGUGGACGUGGACGUGGACGUGGACGUGGACGUGGACGUGGACGUGGACGUGGACGUGGACGUGGACGUGGACGUGGACGUGGACGUGGACGUGGACGUGGACGUGGACGUGGACGUGGACGUGGACGUGGACGUGGACGUGGACGUGGACGUGGACGUGGACGUGGACAUGGACGUGGACGUGGACGUGGACAUGGGUGGUGGACGUGGACGUGGACGUGGACGUGGACGUGGACGUGGACGUGGACGUGGACGUGGACGUGGACGUGGACGUGGACGUGGACGUGGACGUGGACGUGGACGUGGACGUGGACGUGGACGUGGACGUGGACGUGGACGUGGACGUGGACGUGGACGUGGACGUGGACGUGGACGUGGACGUGGACGUGGACGUGGACGUGGACGUGGACGUGGACGUGGACGUGGAGUGGACGUGGACGGACGUGGACGUGGACGUGGACGUGGACGUGGACGUGGACGUGGACGUGGACGUGGACGUGGACGUGGACGUGGACGUGGACGUGGACGUGGACGUGGACAUGGACGUGGACGUGGACGUGGACGUGGACGUGGACGUGGACGUGGACGUGGACGUGGACGUGGACGUGGACGUGGACGUGGACGUGGACGUGGACGUGGACGUGGACGUGGACGUGGACGUGGACGUGGACGUGGACGUGGACGUGGACGUGGACGUGGACGUGGACGUGGACGUGGACGUGGACGUGGACGUGGACGUGGACGUGGACGUGGACGUGGACGUGGACGUGGACGUGGACGUGGACGUGGACGUGGACGUGGACGUGGACGUGGACGUGGACGUGGACGUGGACGUGGACGUGGACGUGGACGUGGACGUGGACGUGGACGUGGACGUGGACGUGGACGUGGACGUGGACGUGGACGUGGACGUGGACGUGACACGUGGACGUGGACGUGGACGUGGACGUGGACGUGGACGUGGACGUGGACGUGGACGUGGACGUGGACGUGGACGUGGACGUGGACGUGGACGUGGACGUGGACGUGACGUGGACGUGGACGUGGACGUGGACGUGGACGUGGACGUGGACGUGGACGUGGACGUGGACGUGGACGUGGACGUGGACGUGGACGUGGACGUGGACGUGGACGUGGACGUGGACGUGGACGUGGACGUGGACGUGGACGUGGACGUGGACGUGGACGUGGACGUGGACGUGGACGUGGACGUGGACGUGGACGUGGACGUGGACGUGGACGUGGACAUGGACGUGGACGUGGACGUGGACGUGGACGUGGACGUGGACGUGGACGUGGACGUGGACGUGGACGUGGACGUGGACGUGGACGUGGACGUGGACGUGGACGUGGACGUGGACGUGGACGUGGACGUGGACGUGGACGUGGACGUGGACGUGGACGUGGACGUGGACGUGGACGUGGACGUGGACGUGGACGUGACGUGGACGUGGACGUGGACGUGGACGUGGACGUGGACGUGGACGUGGACGUGGACGUGGACGUGGACGUGGACGUGGACGUGGACGUGGACGUGGACGUGGACGUGGACGUGGACGUGGACGUGGACGUGGACGUGGACGUGGACGUGGACGUGGACGUGGACGUGGACGUGGACGUGGACGUGGACGUGGACGUGGACGUGGACGUGGACGUGGACGUGGACGUGGACGUGGACGUGGACGUGGACGUGGACGUGGACGUGGACGUGGACGUGGACGUGGACGUGGACGUGGACGUGGACGUGGACGUGGACGUGGACGUGGACGUGGACGUGGACGUGGACGUGGACGUGGACGUGGACGUGGACGUGGACGUGGACGUGGACGUGGACGUGGACGUGGACGUGGACGUGGACGUGGACGUGGACGUGGACGUGGACGUGGACGUGGACGUGGACGUGGACGUGGACGUGGACGUGGACGUGGACGUGGACGUGGACGUGGACGUGGACGUGGACGUGGACGUGGACGUGGACGUGGACGUGGACGUGGACGUGGACGUGGACGUGGACGUGGACGUGGACGUGGACGUGGACGUGGACGUGGACGUGGACGUGGACGUGGACGUGGACGUGGACGUGGACGUGGACGUGGACGUGGACGUGGACGUGGACGUGGACGUGGACGUGGACGUGGACGUGGACGUGGACGUGGACGUGGACGUGGACGUGGACGUGGACGUGGACGUGGACGUGGACGUGGACGUGGACGUGGACGUGGACGUGGACGUGGACGUGGACGUGGACGUGGACGUGGACGUGGACGUGGACGUGGACGUGGACGUGGACGUGGACGUGGACGUGGACGUGGACGUGGACGUGGACGUGGACGUGGACGUGGACGUGGACGUGGACGUGGACGUGGACGUGA